GAGACAUAGAGAGCGGAAAGGAGAGAGUGAGACAGGCGAAAAGUCAAAAGAAGUUAAGUCAGACAGCAGAGAGCCGGUUUAGAUACGACACAUCAGACUUGUGAUCUUGUUUGACUCUGUAGCUGUGACUCAGUAGGAGCACAGCUGACCAACUUAUCCUCCACCCCUCCCUCUUCAUAUCACUGUGCUGCUUCCUCCUCCUUCUUGAGACCAUGGAGGAGGUCAUCAAGGUCACAGAAACCACCCCGACACCUCUCCUGGAACGGCAGGUACGCCAGCGACAGCCCACAGUAUCAGUCCUCAAAUCCAAGCUGAAGCAAAGUGUGACAUGCUCAGUGCCCAGAGUCCGAUCCACCGUGACAGGGUUCUUCCCUGUGGUGCGCUGGCUGCCUAAAUACAAGCUCAGAGAGUAUGUCUGGGGUGAUUUGAUGUCCGGGGUCAUCGUGGGUAUCAUCUUGGUACCACAGGCAAUAGCCUACUGCCUGCUGGCUGGAGUGGAGCCCAUCUAUGGCUUAUACACCUCAUUUUACGCCAACAUCAUCUACUUCAUCAUGGGGACGUCUCGGCAUGUUUCUGUUGGGAUCUUUAGCCUCAUGAGCCUCAUGGUGGGACAGGUGGUGUACAGAGAGGUGUUCAAGGCCGGUUUUGACCUCAGUGAGGACUCAUCUAGCUAUCAUGUGUUAAAUGUUUCAAUGGGCAUCAACCCCACAGCAGGUGAAGUGCACACUGUAGAGCUAAUGGGCAUGCAGUGUGGGAAAGAGUGUUACGCUAUCAGCAUUGCUGCUGCCAUCACAUUCCUGGCUGGUAUCUAUCAGGUCAUGAUGGCCAUAUUUCAGCUAGGCUUUGUCUCUGUCUAUCUUUCGGCUCCCAUGCUGGAUGGUUUUGCUACAGGAGCCUCUUUCACCAUCCUGACCGUGCAGGCAAAAUACCUGUUGGGUCUAAAGAUUCCUCGUCACCAGGGCUAUGGCACAGUUGCUGUUACCUGGUUCAACAUUUUCGCCAACAUUCAAAAUACCAACCUGUGUGACCUCAUCACUAGCGCCAUCUGUAUAUCUGUAUUAGUGGCUGGGAAGGAGAUCCAGGAACGCUACAAGGAUCGUCUAAAGAUUCCUCUUCCAACUGAGCUGAUCGUAGUGGCCGGAUCUACACUUGCCAGCCAUUAUGGGGGGCUGAACAGUCGUUAUGACUCCAGUGUUUCUGGUCAUAUUCCCACAGGAUUCAUCCCUCCCCAGGUCCCGAACUUUAGUCUGAUGUCACAAGUGGCACUGGAUGCCAUACCUUUAGCUGUCAUUAGUUUUGCCUUCACGGUGUCACUGUCCGAGAUGUUUGCUAAGAAAAAUGGCUACACAGUUCGUCCCAACCAGGAGAUGCUAGCCAUCGGCUUCUGUAACAUCAUUCCCUCCUUCUUCCACUGUUUCACCACAAGUGCAGCUCUAGCAAAAACUAUGGUCAAGGACUCAACUGGUUGCCAGACACAGAUAUCAAGUCUGAUCAGCGCCCUGGUUGUCCUUCUCGUCCUCCUCUUCUUCGCGCCUUACUUCCAUGCUCUCCAGAAGUGUGUUCUUGCUUGUAUCAUCAUUGUCAGCCUUCGUGGGGCACUGAGGAAGUUCAAGGACAUCCCGGAUAAGUGGCGUGCCAGCAGGAAUGACGCCAUUGUUUGGCUGGUCACCAUGUCAGCCACGGCUCUGAUCAGUGUGGAGCUGGGCCUCCUGGUCGGAAUCGUUUUCUCCAUGGUAUGCAUCAUCUUCAAGACCCAGAACCCUAAGGUCUCUCUCCUUGGCCGGGCCAAUGACACUGACCUUUACGAGGACAUGGAGGAGUACAAGAACCUCAUGCCACCACCUCGGGUUCAGGUCUUCCGCUUUCAGGCCCCUCUCUACUACGCCAACAAGGAAUCCUUCCUCAAAUCUCUCUACAAAACUGUAGGAGUUGAACCUUUCUUGGAGAUGACUAGGAGGAGAAAGGCAGAGAAGAAGGCCAAAGAGAUGUCCAUGCAGCAGGCCAAGGCAAAUGGGGAUACAACCAACGGAGAGGUUGUUGUUGGACUGGUUAAAAGAGAACUUGAUUUCCACACGAUAGUUUUAGACUGCUCUGCUAUCCCAUUCAUAGACUCGACAGGCAUGGCCACGUUUAAGGGGCUGGUCAAGGAAUAUAAAGAGAUUGGGGUGAGCGUGGUCCUCGCCAGCUGUAACACCUCACUUAUCGAUACCCUGCAGAAGGGACAAUUCUUUGGGAAGAAUGACAAAGACAUGAACAGCCUGCUGUUUCAUACAGUUCAUGCUGCAGUUCUUCAUGCAAACAGUAUGCCUUCAGCAGCAGAGUGCAAGUCAGAAGACUCUGUGGUGUAGAGCAGCUGGAAGAUGAAGGGAAUAGUGAAAACAUUGUGAUGUGCCCUAUUUCUCCUUCUCCUUUCUUAUGUAAACCUAAAAGGGAAUUUAGGUACAGUAUGCCAUCUUGCCAGUUGUAACAGUGCUGCAUUAGGUAGCACUGGGUUUGCCUUUUAGGAAGUUUUAUUCAAUAAAUCUAGGGUACCAUAUAGGUAGGAAGAAUAUCUAGGAAGAAUAUCCUAUUGAGAAUUUUUGUAAUGUUUUAUAUUAAAUAGUAAAGACCUGAUCUGCCCAACAAGACUUUUUAAACACUAUUCAAGAUUUAAAAACCAUUUCACUGCUGGAAAGAGUAAUUCCAUAAGAUUGUGCUGUCUAUAUAGUAGAAAGGUGCACUUAUAUUUAUAAUUUGAAAAAAAGGCUCUGGCGUUCCUGGUUGCCCAAAAGGGGUAAAUCCGACAACAAUCAGGAUCCAACUGAAGCUGCACAUCUGUAGCUCAGAAUAUCUGAUUUCAUUUUUUAGUACUCGGGUAUUUUAAUCAGUUUUUCACUGAUCACUAGCAAGAAAACAACAUUGCAGACUGCUUUGCUUCCUGAGUUUCGACACACCCUUCUAACAUUCCUCAGAGGCAGGCCUACAAAAAGCACAAUACCCAUAAUGUUUUCAUGUUACACCUUUUGUUCCUACAUAAUUCAGUUUAAUUGUCAGAUAAUAAUAAAGAAAGGAGAGAUGACUGUUUUAAGUUGGUUGUAUUAUAAACUUGUUUGCUAAGUGGUUGGACUGAAGUUCAUGUUGGUGCUGCUAUAUCUCUAAUGGGCCGUGCCAGUACUGGUCACUUCUGUUGCCUCUUCUCAGUAACUUUACUCUCUUCAUUUCCUCCACCUAACUUCCUGACUGGUCACAAGUCGUAUAGAGGAAGGAAAGGGAAUUAGCAGGAAGAAAGACUAAAGGAAUGCACACAAAGCUCUGUACCCCAGAGAACUAUUGUGGCUUAUUUUUAAUCACUGAUAUGCCGGUUCCACAGAGUCUGAUAUUAAGUGAACCUGAAGACUUUUCAGGGUGAACUACCCUUAACAUUAGUGAGCUCAGUAUAUGAGGUCAAAUAAAUGUAAAAGAGAAGGCAUUAACAUAAUGAAUUUAAUCUGUACAUGCUUGCUUAUCUGUGCUUUACUACAGUUGUUUUGUAUGAAUGUUAGUUGUCGCAAAUGUUUUCUUACAUUUUCAGAUUAGUUCCUGUUGAGACAAUUAAAGUUGCUCAAAUCUGGGUUUGUCAUAUAACACAAUGUCAAAAACAGAGCUUAAUGUGAUGAAAGCUGUUUAAACUUCAAGCCUUUAGCCAAAAUCUAGAAUGGCUCUAAUCCAGGAGUCCAGAGUGCAGACAUCAAGACCAUUACCUUGGACCUGAAAAUCAUUUCUCAAAGGAAAGUUAAACUCUAGCUGACUUUAAGCGUUGAGUGUGGUGGAGAGAAAUGUGUCCUCAUGAGAACAGUGUGUUUUUUCAGCCUCAUCCUAAAAGCAGAGUUCAUUAUAACAUACUUGUAGUCUUGCCCUGUACUCUGUUUGCCUAACCAGAGACAGGUUUAUGAUCUGUUCUCGUAAAAAAUAUAUUUUACACAUUUACACAUACCUGAAAUCUCUUCUCAGGUGCUGGAUGAAAGCAAGACAUAAUUUGGUACUUCUGAAAUUUAUACUUUUACUGAAAAAAAAACUGUUGGCAGCAGGUGAUGCCACAUAUUAUUUGGUUUCUUGUAUCACUGCCAGUGCUUUGUUGAAUCAAAUAUUUUGUGACUGGCAAAAAUGAGAGCAGACGUUGCCUCUUUGUUAAAUCACGCUUUACUUUAUUUAUUGUGCCAAGAGUGACAUCUAGAUUGAAAUAAUUUAACUAUGAUUUCUAAUGUAUACUAUGUAAUCAUUAAAAAAAGGAUGUAUUUUUAAUUUCAUGUGAACAUGUUCAUGUUAUGACAUUCUCAUUUGACAAUGUAGAAAAUGGCCAUUUUGUAUUUUCAUACAUUUUAUUUUUCCAAGCAUUCAUUUAACUGGAAUUGUGUUAGUGACUACUGAGCAUUCACUUCUUUUUUAGGGGAGAUCUGUUUGACAUUCAUUUUGGACUUAGUGUUGACAUUCAACAUCCACUGCCUUAAUGCCUAAUACUUGAAUUAAACUGAGAAGUUCUUAGUGAAAAGAUUGAGUUUGUGACUGUAUUAUUGCUAUUAAAAGACAUUUAUCAUGGGAACACAUAGUAAUGAUAACUGUUAUCUAUAUUGUUAAAGAAUAUUAAAGUUGCGCUAAUCAAUAUUUUUAUAUUAAAAGAUCAAAUGACCUGACUGCCUGUAAUGUGAAAAAGAUUGCUCAUUGUGACUAACUACAGGAUCAUUAUAUCCUGAAUCUGUCAUUUCCUUCACUUUCAAGGUGCGUUUCAGCAUCUUUCAGCUCAUUGUUUUGCUUUUACAACCAAAAACUGCACUAUUUUAAUUUCAAUUGACAUGAAAAAAAAAUCUUUCUUCUCCAGAAAUGAUGCCCAAGUUAAUUUGAAUAAUUUGGAGACCUUGCUCUUAUAAUUUUUCAAUAAACAGUUGAAAAUU